UUAGCGAUCAUAUCGACAGUGUCGUUGGAACAGUGUGCUAUUGAAGAUGAGCGUCUUUCACGUUGCGGUGACGAUACUUUUCGUCUUUGAUUUCAUUCCGUUCGGAAUGUUUGAGGCGGUCGCUGCCCCGGAAAAAUGCACGAAGCAAGGCUCGUUCGAGAUCGUCGAUGGGACAUGCCAGAAUUAUUACAUGUGUAUUUUCAAUGGUGUUGAACUCGUCUCGUACGAGCUCACAUGUGCGCCUCCGACGGUAUUCUCUCCUGUAACGGGUUACUGCACGCCAUCUACACAAUACCCUUGCACGCAAUCAACAACGCCAUCUACAACAACAGUAACAACGUCUUCAACGCCAGCGUCAGAUUCGUCAUCGUCUGGAACGACAGCGUCAGUUACGUCAUCGUCUGGAACGACAGCGCCAGUUUCGUCAUCGUCUGGAACUACAGCGUCAGUUUCGUCAUCGUCUGGAACUACAGCGCCAGUUUCGUCAUCGUCUGGAACUACAGCGCCAGUUACGUCAUCACCUGCAACGACAGCGUCAGUUUCGUCAUCGACAGUAUCAUCGACAUCAACAACAGCAACAACAACAACAAAACCUACGUGUCUCACAACUGGUAGAUACCCAAUUCCAGGUUCCGGUUGUAAAAUGUAUUAUUACUGUUAUGUAGACGGCCCAAACAUCAUCAACUAUACCAAUUUAACAUGCCCAACCAUUCUAGUAUUCAGCCCAACCGUGCAAAAAUGUGUUCUUCCAACAACUUAUCCAUGUCCUAGUUAACACUUUACCGACCGAUAGCCUAUUAAUCGACUGUUUUACCGGCCGACGCUUACCGACCGAUAGG